AUGAACCGGUAUUGGUGGGGUACAGGCAGAGAUAGAGGAAUCCAUUGGAAAGCGUGGGAUAAACUCUGUAUCCCUAAAAAGUAUGGAGGAUUGAGGUUCAAAGAUUUGAGAGCUUUUAAUUUGGCAAUGUUGGGAAAGCAGGCAUGGCGCUUCCUUACCAACACUGACUCUUUGGUUGCUCGUGUAUAUAAAGCCCGAUAUUAUCCAAAUAAUGAUUUUACGGAGGCAUCUUUGGGAGGAAACCCAAGUUAUUGUUGGCGGAGUGUUAUGACAGCCAAGCAGCUAGUAUGUAAUGGAGUCAGGCGACGCAUUGGGUCCGGAGCUUCUACACUCAUAUGGGAGCAUCCAUGGCUUCAGGAUGAUACUGACCAAAUGAUCCAUACUGAGAUGCCUCCACAGUUGGCUGGGGCUAAAGUGGUGGGGUUAAUUGAUCAAGAAACAGGCCAGUGGGACCAGCAGAUUGUAGUGGACAUUUUCGAACCAGAUGAUGUGCCUAGAAUUUUGAAAAUACCAAUAUCACCGGAUUAUGAGGAUACAUGGUAUUGGCAUGGAGAUCCAAAUGGGAACUAUUCAGUGAAGGAUGGAUACAAAUUAAUAGUGGGAAAUUAUGAUACCCUGGCUAAUGUGAGUUAUGAUAAAUGGCUUAAACUAUGGGGUCUGAAAAUACCACCCAAAUGGAAAAUAUUUCUAUGGAGAUCUUUGAAUGGUAUCUUCCCUACAAUGGAUAAUCUUCUUUUAAAGAGAGUUGAGGUUGAGCCGGUGUGCAAUAUGUGUGGGAUGGAUCAUGAAGAUAUAAUGCAUUCAUUGGUAUCAUGUGACUAUGCAAAGGCCAUAUGGGCACAAUCCAACCUCCCAAUCCCCAAUAUUAUAACGAAUAUUUUUCAUGAAUGGUUUAGUGCAUUAUUAAAUGUUCUAGACUCUGAUGGGAUUAUGUUCACAGCGACCAUCCUUUAUCACCUAUGGAGAGCACGGAACGGAGCGGUCUGGGAUGCUUGCCUCCAAAGACCCACGAGAGUCCUUGCUACCGCAAUGUCCACCUUGAGUGCAUGGACUCGGGUUCACUCGCCACCCGCGCUGCCACAUUCGGCCGAACAGCAGAUGCCUCCCGCCGAGAGCUUAGCCACGCCACAGCAGCCGGUAGUGCCACGGCAUGGCCCGCCCCCUACAGCCGAAGCGACGCAGACCACCCACCAGCUACAACCGCUCCAAUGUUACAUCGACGCUGGUUACAAGCACCGAACGAACGCGGCAACAGCAGGUGCAAUCCUUUUCACGGCAUCUGGCGACUAUCUUGCGGCAUUUUGUGCACCACUCACAGCAUGCUUUUCCCCACUGAUGGCCGAAGCAAUGGCAUGCAAAGAGGUGCUUGCAUGGCUUCGAGAUCGUGGCGAUCAACGAGUACGUAUAUUUACAGAUUGUCAUGCACUACAAUGA